AUGGAGUCAGAACUGAACAUCUCCAUCGACAAGCUCGAGGACCAGCUCAUCGAUAACCCCGAUGCGUCUACAACUCAACAGCUAGCUGAGCUGUCCUAUGAUCAGACCUUCCAGAAAAAGCUCAAUGAGAGAGCUGAGCAAAUGUACAACGCGUCUAGCGGAGGCAAGGGCGAGAAGGGCUUUGGAAACAUCUUCCUGCUUCUUGUGACAAAGCCUUACCUCGAGUAUGAGUACAAGGAUUGCGAAACCUUGGGUGUGGAACUAAGCGAGUGGUUCGUUUCAGCAGAUUACGAGAUUCUUCAAAUAAAGGAGUUGCCGGGCAGAAAGCUUGCUUUUGAUCUAGAUAGCUUCACUAUGGAAGGCCCGCUCGAUGAUCUUGUCUAUUUCGUCAUGGGUGAGUUCAAGCCGGAAGGACACAAAAGAGUCCAAUUGGAAUGGAUCAAAAGAAACUGCCAGGCUUUAGUUGAACACGGCAAAUUCUCUAGCAUUGUCGAUGCUCUUAUAUCCGCAAUUGACCUUGCAAGCAAGCAUGCAUCUCCAACAGCAGACCGACUCUUCAAAUUGCUAACCAUAACCUACUUUAUCGUGUGUGUCGAGAUUUCCAAAGACUCAGAUUCCGCUUUGGCGGUGCUACUGGAACUGAAUUUACUCGGCAGACUUGUCAGGGUCGUGGAAGAGUGGAAGAUUGACCCGAAGAUCCCAGUCCGCAUCCGAAACGUCAUUCUUCUCAUAUGGAAGCUCAUACUACUUGAAUUCGGCAACAGUGAGCACUUGACCAAAGUUGAUGAGUACCUCAAUCGGAAACACGAUUUGAUUGGCAAGAAGGAUGGAUCCCCCAAGAGCCUUACUUGCUCUCCCUUGGAGUACUACACUUUUAGAGAGGAUCUAUUGGACAAGUACCCGGUACUAUCGAAAGAUGUUCCCAAAUGCUACAAGCCGCCACUCAAUGAGGAAUCAGAUGCUCAUGAUGAAGAUACUGAGAACCAUCAAGCUUUCAUGGCUGCCAACUCCACAGCAUCACUUUCAAACCUUCUUGAAAUACCACGCACUAACAAAGCACAUUCAGUUUUGGGCCAGCUACCAGUCAAUACACUCCACAUAUCCACUCCUGUUCCGUCUCCACCAAGCACUCCUUCCGACUUUAUGUCUGGUGGUGAAAAGGUCCGCAAGCUGUACCACGUCAACCAAAGCAUGCCAUUUAUAUACCCCAGUGGAUCUAAUGAUGCCUUGCCUGAAGCCAUUAAGGAGGCAGACAAGCUUUUUCAAGAUGCUGUGUACGAGAGUUACUCUGUUAAAAGACUAUGGCGAGAACGCCAAAAGUACAUGGCCCAAGAACGUGGUACUCUUGAUCACUACAACGAUUCAGACACGGAAAGUGGUGACUUACCCGACGCCACAAAAGACCUGUCCGCUCUUCGCUCCCUCCAACGAGUUGACAGCUUUUACAAGACCUCCCUUCCGUAUUUUUCGUCCCUAGUGAAGGUUGUGAUUGAGAUCAUCAAGUCAUACAAAACUGACCUUAGUUUUCGUGACAUUGAACAAGAGAUCAACUCUACCUCUUCAUUGGUUUUCCAAUACAGCGACGGUAACACUAAUUCAUAUGAUAAAUUGAGGCAACAUAUGUUGAAACAGCUCGAGGGCGUUCACGCCAAGGAAGUAACGCUUAAGGCAGCAACAUCCAUCAUUAGUCUCUUACUCAAAUGGUUUAAAGCCAGUCAUGUCAUCAAAAGUCAUUACUUCGGCUCGAUAUUGUUCGAUGAGCAAUAUCUAAAUGUGUUCGUUGACUUUAUGAACAAUUCUCUCAACAAUACCGACUUUCAAGAUUAUGAAGAGAAUAAUAAGUCAUUUGCGCCCAAUGAAGUUGUUAUGGCACAGAAUAGACUUAUGAAUCCAAGCAUAAGCAUACCUCAAUUCGACUUUUUUGCUGUUUGCAGCCUUAAGAGUUUCCAGGAUGCGCCAGUUCACCUCAUCAACAAAACGCCGAUUUCCGAGUUACCAUCAAAAGUUGACGAUGAUAAUCAUAAUGUCGUCCGCUUGACAAAGUUCAAUAAAACCUAUUGCCAUAUAUUGGCGAACCAAUUGCAUAUCGUGAACAAGAUUUUAAUCAAAGGAGUCACUCAAAGGAUUUUUGCAUUUAUCGAGACGAAACCAACAGACUUGUUGAAGUUCAUAUUACUCAACUACAUAAACGACAGCUUCAAGAUUCCAAUUCUCAAAGUCUUCAAAAAGGUCAUACCAUUCCAAGGCCGCAAGUGGCGUGCGAUGAACAUGGAGGUGAUUUCACAAGUCUACCUUCAUUUGAAGCUCACGAUCCGAGAUAAUUGGCUUAGCGGCAGAGACCUUGAAAGUGAUUUCAACAAUUCGUUCGAUCAGGAAAUUGCCCUUCGCUCGCUACUCCAGUUCUACAAUGUACGCAAGUACCCAGAGGAAAUGAGACAGCUUGGUUACACUGUUACGAAUGAAGCGCUCAGUGGCCCCUACACCGAAGAUGAAUAA